AUGAGUCAGUAUUUAUCUGUCCACAGUCUUUCCCAUAUCUUAUUAUUUGAAUUAAUUUAUUAUACCAUCUUACAAAGAAGUCAAGCAAUACGAAUUGUCGGUACUUGGAGUUCACGCAGUAGCCGAUUUUCCGUUCUUGCUAAAUUUGGGUUCCAGCAGAUCGAUCCAUUGGAUGCGGAGCAUAGUCGUGGAUUUGUUUACGGCAAUGUAUCAUCAAAGAUAGUUAAUGGUGCACAAGGAGUGCUGCUGAUUAUACCGAGAUCACUUGUCAAUGGAUUUAUUAAUAAAGCAGCGCCCAAACAGUCAUGUGACACUUUGCUAAAGAAUAUCAGUUCACUUGCAUUUGAAACGAAAUGCUUUCCAAAAGGUAAAGGCGAUCUAAUGAGGUGGAUCCCAUGUCCAAUAGGAAAACUCUGUGUUGAGGAAGAUAUGCUUGGGAAGGUAAUAAAUGGUUCUCAAUUGACUCUCAGGAUUGAGGAACCAUCAACUCCUCAAUAUUGGUAUGUGAUAAUGGCUGCCUGUUAUUUGGAUUCUUACUGUUUGUGGAAACCUUCAGUUAAAGAGAUUACUGUACGUUAUGAUUUAUGGCUCACAAAUGGAAGCCCUCUUAUGCGUUAUUUGAAUCCAUUCGGUCAUCAAUUCAGUUUCGAAGAGCAAAAUUCCGCUGAGAUAUAUAUGCUUUUGUUUAUACUAUAUAUAGUAGUUGGGUUUUGUCAAUGGCGUUCUGUGAUAUUAUGCAACUCUGCAUCUAUUUUCCCGCGCCAUCAGCUUCUUAAUUGUAUUAUUGUACUGAAAGCAUUUGGUCUAGCUUUGCACUGCAUAAAUGUCAUCGCAUUCUCUUUUGAUGGCCAGGGAGUUUUCUUUGCUCGUUUUGUUGGUGAAAUUGCUCGUUUGAUGUCGACGUGCCUUCUUUGCUUACUGCUCAUAUUGCUCAGCUGUGGUUGGUCAUUCGGCAACAACAGUGAAAUUUUACUACAUGCAAAAGUUGUCGUUGUUUGGGGACUUCUUACGUCUACUCACUUCCUGCUUUUUUUGAUCAAUUUUUUUUUCGUUGACGAUGUACUACAAGAUAUCGAUAUUUUUAAAUCUUGGCCAGGCUACGCAAUGAUUGUCAUUCGUUUGUUACAAGCGCUGUGGUUCUUGGUAGAAGUUCGCCGCUUGAUAAAUGAGGAGAGUGAUGAGCGGAAGGCAAUCUUCUUGGCUCAUUUCGGUGCUGGUUUUCUUGUAUGGUUUGUUUAUAUUAUGGGCCUUGGAAUUAUUGCUUCUUUUGUCUCUGCUCUGUGGAGAUUUAAAAUGAUCCUUGUCAUAACUACAGCGGCAAAUUUUGCAGCAAUCGCUUGCCUGGUACAUUUGUUUUGGCCUACUAGUUCGAAUCGACAUUAUUUUCUGGCUGAUAUCACGUCACACAGGCGAUUUGUUUUGGCCAAUGAUAAUGAAGGCGAGGAUUUUGAGAAUCUGAUGAUUAGUGAUAGUGCUGAUACGGAUAGUCUUGUAAGUGGCAUAUUGGAAAAUAUUUGA